AUGCGUGCGAUGCCCAUCUUGAACGGCGAAUCCUGCUCAAUUUCCACAGACGUAAGCGCUCAGCUAGGGUUCGAGACUUCUACUAAACCUUUUCAAAAGAAUUUGAUGUCUUUUACCAAUGACAAAGUCAUCGACCAGUCGCUGCCGUCGGCCACACCAGCACUUUUUACAGGCAGCGGGUCGAUGACUGGUUCAGCGACUCCAGUGACUUCAUCUCACCGAGAUGGGCUCUUUGGGCAGCAUUUGAUGGUUGAUGAGGACGAUGGGGGAGGAAUGGAUACGUCCGUUGCGGGUUUGGACGAAAUGGCAGUGGGAACAGGUCCCAGAAACUCAAUUCAUAAGGGAAAUAACGGUUUGCAUAGCACUGCCAAUGGACUAACAGCAAGGUCUGUGCAUGGCACUAACGACAAUGGAUCGGUUUCAAUACCUGUGACCCUGGGAAGUUUGGAAAUAAGCGGUGGUAGCGGUGGUAGCGGUGUAGCUGCAGCUGCAGCUGCACCCAACGAUGGCAGUGGUAAAGUUGUGAAAAGAAAAUAUUCUCGUAACGGGUGUACGGAAUGUAAAAGACGGAGGAUGAAGUGUGACGAGGGCAAGCCCACUUGCUGGCAAUGUGCGAGGCUGAACAGAAAAUGUGUGUACGAACUGCGAACCAAGAACCGGAAGCGCAAAACAAAGAAUGAGGAGGCAGCGACAGAUUUUGCCAUGCCUGAUUCCAAAACAGAACACACAGAUGCAGACAUGACCGGUGACUUCUUAAUGACAAACAACUCCGGGGCCACGAAUCUCCCAGAUUUGAUGCCCACGCAAAACGUGGAUUCCUUCGACGCAAACCUGCUAAUUCGAAAUCUCAACGACAUCGUCAAUAUGAAGCUUAACGACUCUUUCAUUUACGACGAUUUCAAAACCACAGAUUUUUCUGACCUCGAUAUCCCAGAGCUCAACAUAAUGCCCACAGAAAGACCCCGUCCAGCAGUCCCCAUCUCCUUCCUUGUCGACAGUAUCAUGACUUUUAACAUGACGCUCAGCUCUUUCAAAUUGGGAGGCACCAACGACAAGUAUCUAGAGGUUUUCUUCUACGAUUGCUUAGACUCCAUAGCACCUUUUUUCCAAAACCAGGAAAAUCCUUUGCGAGACAUUUUACUAUCUUUUGCCAAAGGCGAGCCCUACUUGCUGUCUUCGAUACUGGCAGUGGGCGCAUCGAUUUCGCAUCGAAAAACCGACGAUGUGGAAGACGAAAGAAGCUACUGUGCAUAUCUAUCCCAUUGUCUUGGACUUCUCACCGAGCAGUUCAAGGAUGAGAGCAACGUCUACAACAAGAUUGAACCCAUCAUCCUCACGGUCCUCAUGUUAACAUGGGACUGUAUUUACACCAUGAACAGUCAAUGGAGAUCUCACUUGAAAGGUGUUACCGAACUGUUCAAAAAGAUCAAUUCCGGGAAAUCUUCAAAAGUUUUGAAUGUUGCAAAAUGCUGGUUCAAGGUCAUUGAGACGUUUGCAAGUAUCAGCACGGUACUGGGUGGUGCAGUCAUAGAUGAGAGUGACCUCGAUGUCAUCUUUGAUCCAUACGAUUUCCAGUAUCUUGACUCAUUAAAGUUCCUGAACAUAAUCACACCUCUAAAUGACUUCAAUCUCUUGCGGGGGCACAAGGAGGAUUUUGAUCUAGUCAUCAGGGAGGUGUUCAAGGCUCUAAAUGCUAUUCGGCACUCAGAAAAGAAGUACUUUUCAGAGCAAGAAGGAAUUUUUGAUAAAAAUUUGGACUACUUGUUGUGGUCAAACCCGAACACAGAAACGUUCAAGGAGCAGUUGUCGUAUUUCAAAAUUCAAAAGAUUUUGGUUGAGAUCGAUCGGCAGUCAGAUUACAUUUUCAUAGACAAGACAGGAAUCAUACCUUCCAGCAAUCAGUCGCAUCCGAACAACAGCAAAAUACUGGACAAUGCCAUUGAUCUUGUAACCCUGCGCAACGGCGAACAAAUAGCCAUCAGUUGGUAUGACAUCUCGCAUCAAACACAAGUUCUAUCGUUCCUCCUCAUUGUUCUGCUCAAAUUACUUGGAAUUCCAAAAGAGUCUAUCGCCAUUCAACAGGUGGUACAGAAAAUUACCAGUUUUUUCGGAUUUUUGGAGAGCGAAAAUCCUCCGCGCAACUUGCGAACCUGUUAUUGCAACUUUGCCAUCUUACUUGCAGGUCUCAAUGCCAUUGACGAAGAGACCAGAAAUGUCAUCCGUAGGUACUACAAGAUUAAUGGUGGCCGUUUUCAGAGACUAACAGAACACAACCUGCAGAGAUUGGAAAAGGUAUGGUACGGAACAAAGAAAGGAUACAAGCUAGAGGAUCAGGACGUUUUGACUUGGUAA